AUGACCUCCCGUCUGGAUCAGCUCGUCAAAGGCGCCCCAGCUGUGGACGCCCAGGCGCCCGCUGAAUCGCUUGCUCCGCUGCCCAAGUCCUACCUGCAGGGCUCGUCGGCCGCCUCCGAGUCGCGGCCAUCGACUCCGGAUCCUCUUUCGACCCUACCGUCGUCGCCGCCGCAGAUCUAUCUGAACCUGCUGAUUCUGGAGUGCUCUCUGCGCGCCCAAUAUCUUGCGCUGCGCGAGCGUCGCCGCCAGAACACCUUCUUCCUCACGCUGCUGGCCCUGUGGAUUGCCUACUUCUUCUACGCGCUGUUCCUGCGGCCGCGCGAAGAUGGCCGCGGGGUGGGUGGCUCCGUAUACUGGAUGGUGGAGAUGGGAGAGAAGGUCGCCCUCAUGGGAGGCAUCGUCACGGGCAUUCUUGUCUGGGGCACAGGACAGUGGGAACGCGGAGUGCGCUGGCCACGGCGCUGGCUGACAGUCGCCAACCGCGGCCUCCGCGCGAUGAACACCAAGAUUGUGGUGAUCCGGGGGCCUUGGUGGCAGGAGUUGCUGUCCUACCUGUCAUUUAUCUUCCCAUGGCAGUCGUUAUUUCAUUCUCCGAACAAUUAUCACUACGUCGAGUUGUCUCCAUCCGAGAGGCGGGCCAAUCGGCAGCAUCACUCGGUCUACGAGGAUGACAGUGAAGCCGGCGUGAUCGAAGAAGACCUGUCUCCGGGGGGAGACUAUAUCCGGUUGCUACUGCUGCCCAAGGCGUUUUCCGCGGAAUUUCGGGAGAACUGGGACGAGUACCGCGCGGAUUACUGGGAGAAGGAGAACGAGCGACGGGCGCAGCUCCGCAAGAAGAUCUACGAGCGAGAACGCCAGUUGGCGCGACAGGAGGGAGGCUGGUUCUGGUGGCUGCCCUUCCGACGGUCCCGACGACGGAAGAUCAGGCUGGGCGACAGUCACCACCAGGGCAGUUCUGGCAAGAACCAAGAUGGCAAAUCCCGUCGCAGCACGCGAUCCAACUCGCACUCGCACCAUUCACGAGCGUCUUCCUCCCGCGGUUCGACCCCCGUCGACGGCGGGAGCUUGGCUCCGCCGGAUCAGCAGCAGGGCCAUCAGCGGCGGAAGAAAGCGUCGAGGUCAUCUACUUCGUCGAGAGGGCAGUCUCCGUUGACUGCUGCGCCCCAGGUGCGGGAGUCCACGCCGUCAUCAGUCUCGUCUACUGCGUCUGAUGAUUCGUCUUCUCUUGGGGGGAAUGAAAAGCGGGCGACGCCGGAGGCAACUACAAUAGAAAGUACAUGA